AUGAGUUCCUCGGAGGACGAUACCCCGCUCGUGCAGAUGAAUGGGCGAUCUACCGGCACCCCCAACGACGUGACGAUGAGCGACGCAAAGGAAACCAAUGGUCAUGUCGACCCGGGGGUCUCCAUCCGCUUCGGUGCCGUUCAGAAGAAAUCCGACGUGCACAUGGUUGAUGCGGAUUCAGCUAGCGCAAGCAAGCGAAAGUCCCGAACCAGCGUUGGCCAGAAGUCCUACGCGGAACCCGAGAGCAGCGAGGAUGAUCAACCUCUGAGCAAGCGCCGACGCACAUCCGUCAAACACGAAGAUCCGGAAACCGAUGAGGACGUUCCCCUGGGGCUUAACGGAAGAAAACUCCCCAAGGCUUCGGAGACGGCCAUUGGCGAAGAAUCCGACUCCGACGUCCCUAUCGAACGGAAGCUUGCCAUGGAGAAGAAGAGGAUUGAACUGAAAGGGGAGAAGGAGGGUCAAAAGUCGACCGCAGCUCCUAAGAAGAAGCCUACCAACGGCGUCAAGAAAGAACUUGUGGAUGGUCAGAAGCCUUCUGCUGUCAAGAAGACAGCAACCAAGGUCAAAUCGGAGCCAAAGUCAGCGCAAUCCACUCCGGUGAAGAAAGGCAGUGCUAAGGCUACCCCGGUCAAGAAAGAGGAAAGCGCUGAUGCGGAAGAAGCGGAGGAAGAAGAAUACAGAUGGUGGGAAGACCCUACAAAGAGUGAUGGAACCAUCAAGUGGACUACUCUUGAGCACAAUGGUGUUGUUUUCCCGCCUCCGUACGAGCCAUUGCCCAAGAACGUCAAGAUGAAGUAUGACGGUGUUCCUGUCACUCUUCAUCCUGACGCGGAGGAAGUCGCUGGUUUCUUCGGAAGCAUGUUGAACUCCACUCAGCACACGGAGAACCCCACCUUCCAAAAGAACUUCUUCAUGGACUUCAAGGACAUCCUCAAGAAGACCGGUGGCGCCACUGACCCGAAGGGGAACAAAGUUGACAUCAAGGAGUUCAAGAAGUGCGACUUCCAACCGAUCUUUGAUUACUACGAGGCAAAGCGCAUUGAGAAGAGGAACCUCCCCGCAGCCGAGAAGAAGCGCCUCAAGGCCGAAAAGGAUGAACAGGAGGCCCCAUAUAUGUACUGUAUGUGGGAUGGCCGCAAGCAAAAGGUUGGGAACUUCCGCGUCGAACCGCCCUCCCUCUUCCGUGGACGUGGCGAGCAUCCCAAGACCGGCCGCGUCAAGGCUCGCGUUCAACCCGAGCAGAUCACUAUCAAUAUCGGCAAGGAGGCUCGCGUGCCUCCGCCGCCGGAGGGCCACAAGUGGAAGGAAGUUAAACAUGACCAAGAGGGCACAUGGCUCGCUAUGUGGCAAGAGAACAUUAACGGCAACUACAAAUAUGUCAUGCUUGCCGCAAAUUCCGAUGUCAAGGGCCAGAGCGACUACAAGAAGUUCGAAAAGGCACGUGAGCUGAAGAAGUACAUCGGCAAGAUUCGCAAAGAUUACCAGAAGAACUUGAAGCACGAGUUGAUGGUCGAGCGUCAGAAGGCCACCGCGGUCUAUCUCAUUGACCAAUUUGCUCUUCGUGCGGGUAACGAAAAGGGAGAGGAUGAGGCCGAGACAGUCGGAUGCUGCUCCCUGAAAUAUGAGAACGUGACCCUGAAGCCGCCCAACAAAGUCGUUUUCGACUUCCUGGGUAAAGACAGUAUUCGAUUUUACGACGAGGUCGAUGUCGACCCCCAGGUUUUCAAGAACCUGAAGAUCUUCAAGAAGGCACCCAAGAAGGAGGGUGAUGAGAUCUUUGAUCGGUUAACCACAUCUGCUCUCAACAAGCACCUUUCAAACUAUAUGCCUGGGUUGACAGCGAAGGUGUUUCGUACUUACAACGCCUCCCACACUAUGGCCGAGCUUCUCAAGGACAUGAAGGCGACCGGUAACAUUGCGGAGAAGGUCAAGGCAUACAACGAUGCGAACCGUAGGGUUGCCAUUCUUUGCAACCACAAACGGACUGUCGGUGCUUCUCAUGCAAAUCAGAUGGAGAAGAUGAGCGAAAGGAUCAAAGGCUUGCGCUACCAAAGAUGGCGACUCAAGCAGCAGAUGCUCGACCUGGACCCGAAUCUUAAGAAAAAGAAGGGUGCCAAGUUUUUUGAGCUCGAUGAGGAUAUAGACAAGGAGUGGAUCAAGGAACACCAGGCGUUCUUGGUCGAGGAGCAACGACAGAAAAUUCGGAAGAAGUUUGAGAAGGACAACGAAAAACUCGCAGCAGAGGGCGAGAAGGAGAUGAAAGCGAGUGAGCUUGAAGAGCGACUUCAAGUUGCGACCGAACUAGAGAAGAAAUAUAAUAGAGAGAACAAGACCGGCAAGGUGGAGGCGGAGGGCAAGGCUCCGACUGUCGAAAAAAUCGAAGCGAAUAUACAGAAGCUUGAGCAGCGUAUUGAGACGAUGGAGCUUCAGGCGCAAGACAAAGAAGACAACAAGGAAGUGGCGCUUGGGACGUCCAAGAUUAACUAUAUAGAUCCUCGUCUUACGGUCGUGUUCAGCAAGAAGUUCAACGUCCCCAUCGAGAAGUUCUUCUCUAAGGCCUUGCGGGAGAAGUUCGAGUGGGCCAUCAAGUCCGUUGACGAGGACUGGGAGUUUUAG